AUGACAAAGAAAGAUAAGCAACAGAAAAAGCAAUAUAAGGCUGGAGAAAUCGCCGAGUUUGAGGAUUUGGACUCCUUCAUCCAAUACCUCAAGGACGAGAAGGAGGACCACGAGCUGGCCAACGGCCACGCCCGUGUGCAUUACAUCCCACCAUUCGUACUGCACGAGUCCCACAAUGACCCUGAUCGUGUAAAGGACUCUCAGAACAGAAAGAACAAGAAGUUUGUGCGCCACUUGCACCAGCACGUUGAGAAGCAUCUUCUCACCGAGAUGAAGGAAUUCUCCGGCAUGGACCUGCACUUUGGAAAGCCAGAGGUUGCUGAGGACUUCGACACCAUCACCUGGACGUAUCUCGACGAGAGCGACCACGGCAUGGGCUCCGAGGGUAACUUCAAGGUGAAGCUCGUUGUCAAGUGCGACUCCGACGGUGCCACCAUCGACGUCAAGUACGACACGCUGCCUGUUGAAGAGACGGCCUGA